CAGGGCCAAGUCAGAGGGAGCUCAGUCACUACCUCCCCACCGAGCCAGCUCCGCCAGGCACGGCCAGAGUGGGACAGAUUCUGGGAGCGAAGCGGGGAGGAGUCCUGGGCCGGCUGAGUGGGGAGCCGCUUGGCGGUGCCUGAGUCCAGGCCCCAGAGCCCUGCUGGAGAGGAGGCAGUCCUGGGAGGCAGGACCCGCCAGCCCAGGGGCCCAGGAGGAGGAUGAGGGCAGGGGGCCCCGAAUUUGGCCUGUGGGGUCUCCUCACCUGCCCUCUUCGCCCAGGCCCCGCGAGGAGUGAGGCAGUGAGAUGGCAGACUGCUACACAGAGCUGGAGAAGGCCGUCGUGGUCCUGGUGGAAAACUUCUACAAAUACGUGUCUAAACACAGUCUGGUCAAGAACAAGAUCAGCAAAAGCAGCUUCCGGAAGAUGCUUCAGAAAGAGCUUAACCAUAUGCUGACGGAUACAGGUAACCGGAAGGCUGCUGACAAGCUCAUCCAGAACCUGGACGCCAACCACGAUGGGCGCAUCAGCUUUGACGAGUACUGGACCUUGAUAGGCGGCAUCACGGGCCCCAUCGCCAAUCUUAUCCGCCAGCAGGAGCAGCAGAGCGGCAGCUAGAGGACCCCUCCCACCGCCCCUCCACGCCCAGCCCCUGGUGCUCUUCCCGGGCUCCCCGCAGCCUCCUCCACCCACCCAGGCCCCCCUCCUCGCUCCUCCCUGCACGCCUCCUGCUGAACAGGGGAAUGGGCCCCUCCAGAGUGUCGUGGUCUGGGGGUGCCUCCCAAAGGGUCUUAGUCCCUGGAGCCAGCAGGCCCCGGGGGCCCCUCUGUGAGGCUUCAGGGCUGCUUGGGGUCCCCGCGAGUUUCCUGCUCAGUCCACCAACCCCUCCAGCGUCUGAUGCUCUGCCUGAUGCUGGGUGUCUCCUGACCUCUGCUUGGGGUCUCCCUGCCCCCCCCGGAAGCAGGAGCAGAGGCCUCUCCUCUUUCUCUCAGCCUGUGUGCUGGGGACAGAAGAUUUCCAGGGACUGUGGGUCAGGGAACAGUCGAGCAGGGCUGCCCCCACCCCCGCUCCUGCUCACCACUGAUGCGGUGGCAAUAAAGGCUGGAUUUGGAGUUUGUACCCCCUCA